AUGGCAGGGAGCAAGGCAGCCGCAGAGGCCCCAUGCAAGGUAGGCAGCAUGGUAGUGAGGGAGGCACCCCAGGUCAGCCAGAGCCAGGUACUGUGCAAGGCCACCAGGGAGGCCGCCAGUCCCACCCCAUCCAAUGAUUCAUUUUGCAGCCAGCCAUCCAUUCCCAUGGCGGUAUGGCAUGCCCAGCAGGCCCAGGCCCAGCAAUGGGCCGCCAUGGAUAUCCAGCAGCAGCAGCAUCGGACCCAGCAGGGUUUGGAUGAGGAGAUAGCCCAGGCUGAAUACAUGCAGUGGCAGGACUAA